AUGGUGUCAGAACCAAAGCGAAUCCUGGAAGCAGCGUCGGACUACUUCCGCAGUCUCUUUGGGGAGGAUAAGCACACAGCAAUCUCGGACUGGAAACGGGUCGUGGGAAAACAGUUGACGUACAUUGAUAUAGAGAAUCUGCAAAAGGAGUGGACGGAGAAAGAAGUUAAGCAGGCGUUAAAAGAAAUGUCGUGCAACAAAAUACCAGGGAAAGACGAGCUGCCGAAGGAGGUUUUCGAGCUGCACUGGGACACGCUUGGGAAACAUGUAAUGGGCCUGGUUCGGGAUUUCACCCUCACCUCUUCGCUCCCGACCAGCGUCAAAGAUGCGGUGACGAUCCUCCUGCACAAGAAGGGAGCGAUAGAGCAGUUUGAGAACUACCGCCCUAUAACAUUGCUGAACAUUAGCUACAAAAUUAUGGCGCGGGUCUUGGCAGGCAGGAUUAAGAAGGUCCUUCACAAGGUGAUCUCAUGGGAACAGUUUAGUUUCAUCUUGGGAAGGAGAAUAACAGACGCGGUGGGGCUGGUUGCUGAUAUCAUUGAUGCAGCCAAGAACGGGAAGGAGGACUGGUUCAUGCUGCUUGUUGCUUUCAAAAAAGCGUUCGACUCGGUGUCCCGAAACUUCAUUUUCGAAGUGAUGGAGAAAAUGGGCUUCCCGACUCGAUACAUUGGCUGGGUGAAGGGCAUGCAUACCAACACGAGAACAAGGGGUGUACUCCUGAAGGAUGCGAACGGUGUCAAGCAUAAGGUGAUACCGCUGAUGCUCGGGUGGGCAUGUGACUACCCAGAAUCGGGCAAAUUGACAUGCACACUCUCUGGCCAGCGCUGCAUGAAGCCAUGCAGCAUUUGCUACGUGGAUAGGGUGUAA